GUAAUGUUAUGUCUUAUGUGUAAUGUUAUGUAUUAAUUUGUACAAACCACUUAUAUAUUAAUUUUGAUUUUUAAUUGAAUUAAAAACCACAAUCAACUCAUUCAAAUUCUAAAUCUACAUAAAAGACAGAACAAUUUUGUGUAGAUUUGUCGCGCGGAAGUGAGUUUCCAAACAGAAAUAUAUCCAAUUACAAAAGCAAAAACAGAAUUUCGGUCUCUAUUGCGUUUAUUCAACAGUGUAUAUCUAUGAAAAGAUGGCGGCUGGCCAAUAUUUGUUGGUAGCUUGUCGCGCGCUCAAAGGGAUCUUUUGAUUACGCGAAACGGGGAUUGGGAGAUGGGAGAUGGGAGAUGGGCGAAGCUGGAUAAUAAAUUUUCAAGCUGUGACGCAUGCGUAUGCCAUCAGGAUGCGAGCGAUUCAGUUUUCUGUGAGCGCGAUUAGUGCGCGACUUCUGCUCGGUGUCAUUAUAUUUUUGUUUAAAAUUCAAUUUAAUCCGGAAGUGGGGAUCAGAAAUACAACGAUUUAUUAGAUUGUUGCUCAGUUUUAUAAUCAUUUUGACCAUAUAUUUCAAUAUAGUUGAGAAGUGGAGUUUGUUAAUUGAUAGUAGCAAUUAUAAGAUUUAUGAGAUUGUAGUUCAGUGGUCAUCAUUAUUCUGUAUUCAUUAUAAUCUUGGAGUAGGGUUUGAAAAUUUACAAAAAUUCACAGAUUUAUCAGAUUGUUGCUCAGUGUCAUUAUUAUUUUGUCUAUAAUCCAAUGUAAUCUAAAAGUGGACUUUGAAAAUUUAUAACAUUUCAAGGAUUUAUUAAAUUGUAGCUCUGAUUCAAUUAUUUUGUUCAUAAUCAAAUUCUGUGUAAAAGUAGAGAUAAAAAAAUUGAUAAACAUUUAUAGAUUUGAGCAGAAUGCCAAGAGGAAGAAAGCAUAAGAAAUCUAAUGGGAAGAACAAGAGAAAGCAUAAUCACCAUCAAUCAACUGUUGACUCGAAAGCUGAUUCGGAGGAAGAUAACGAUUGUGAAACAAAAGAUAGAUUAUAUGAAAUACAAUCUUCUGAGAUUAUAGGCCGUUACCUGGUGGCGUCGCGUGACAUAGAGCAGGCGUCCGUCAUCUUCCACGAGGAUGCAUUGGUGGUCGGGCCCAGCCAAGACACUCGGCCGCUCUGUCUCGGCUGCUACAAGUCUCUCAACCUCACCACAAGCUCUCGAUGCUCAAAAUGCAAAUGGCCUCUAUGCGCCAACGACUGCCCCGGAUUACACACUGAACACGGCCACAGCGAGGCAGAAUGUGCAGCACUUGCCAAAUGUCCGCCUCCCACCGUCAACGACCUGACAACGCACAAAGCAUACAAUGCCAUUGUGCCACUGCGCUGUCUGCUGCUCAAGUCGCACAACCCGGCAAAAUGGAACAUCUUGCAGACACUGGAAGCACACAAUUCAAUCAGGAAAAAACUGAACUACAUUUGGGAGUGCAAUCAAAAAUAUAUUGUCGACAGAAUAAGAAACACGUGGAAAAUGGAGGAACACACCGAAGAGGAGAUUCAUACAGUCUGUGGUUAUUUGGAGGUGAAUGCUUUUGAGGUGGGUCAAGGUGGGAUAAGUAUCAGAGCACUCUAUCCGAAUGUAUUCCUCGUGGCUCACGACUGCACGCCCAACACUAGCCACAACGACAACGAGAAUUAUCAACUAGUUGUCAGAGCCGCUUCAAGAAUAAAGCAAGGACAACUUAUAACUUUGAGCUAUGCCAAUACUUUACAUGGAACUUUAAGGCGCAGAGAGCAUCUAAAGACAGCAAAGUUUUUCGAUUGCAUUUGCGCUAGAUGUUCUGAUCCAACCGAACUGGGAACCAAUCUGUCGUCACUCAAAUGCCCCAAAUGUCUCAAAGGAGCAGUUCUGUCAACUAAGCCAUUGGAUGACAAAGCAGACUGGCUGUGUACCAACUGUUCGCAGUAUUCUGUGCCUUACCACACAAUAGAAAAAUUAAUUGAAAGGAUACAAAAUGGAUUGGAUUCCAUCGGCAUGGAUAGCGUUGUAGAUCUGGAGAAUUUUCUAAAAAAAUAUGAAAAAGUUCUCCAUCCUCAGCACUAUAUUAUGAUAGCAGCCAAGUACUCUCUCAGCCAACUGUACGGGAAAGCACCUGGUUAUGUAAUUCAUCAGUUAUCCGAUGAUCUACUGAUGAGGAAAAGAGACAUAUGCAGUGAGCUACUGAAAGUAUUUGAUGUCAUUGAACCAGGAUAUUCUAGAUUGAGAGGGGUCACUUUGUACGAAAUUCACGCUCCCAUCAUGAUUCUCUUCACACGAAGGUUCGAAGCUAACAGCAUACAAAAGAAAGAAGUGAAAAUCGAACUGAAACAAGUUAUCCGAUACCUGAGAGAAGCCAGUACAAUACUGAAUUUUGAAACUGAGAACUCAAUGGAGAAAAUUAUGGGGAAAGCUGCAACGGAAGCAUUGGAGCGUAUGAAAGACUGGGAACGAAUUAUUGGCAAACUUUAAUAUUAUUUAUAUAUAUGGAGCCUGGUUUUUUUUAAUAAAAAGGAAAUCACAGUGUAUU